AUGGUAAAGGAAGAAUGGAGGGAAUUAGGUAACAUGCAGUUCCUAGAGAAGAUGAAAGCACUGAUAAAGAGGUUUAAGGAAGAAAUAAAGAAGGUGGAUGAUAUGGUCAGUAGUGGACACUAUGAUGGAACAUUGGAGGCAAGGAGAAGAGCGUUAGUUAGGUGUUGUGAAAAGUGGUAUGUAAGACAGGAUGUUCACUGGAAGCAAAUGUCAAGAUCCCGCCAUGCUAAGGAGAUGGAUAGGAACACAAAAUAUUUUCUCCAUGUUGCUUCGGCAAGAAGACAAUAUAACCGGAUUGAGUCACUACAGAUUAAUGGGAGGACAGUGAGGAACCAAGCAAGGAUCAAAGUUGCCAUUCGGGACUUUUAUAAACGCCUGUACCACCAGGAAGAGUCCCCAAAGGUGAGUUUUAGGGAUAGGUUGGUUAAUCGCUUAGAGAGGGAGGAAGCGGAAAGCCUAGAGGUGUUACCAACAGUAGAGGAGGUAAAAGAGGCAGUGUGGGACUGUGAAUCUUCAAAGGCUCCAGGGAGUGACGGGUACAAUAUGAAUUUUAUAAAAAACUGCUGGAAUGAGAUAGGAACGGAGUUCACUACAGCUGUGAUAAAUUUUUUUGAAACAGCAAAACUACUAGCAGACUCUAAUAUCACCUGGGUAGCGCUGGCGCCGAAAUUUGUUGGGGCUAAGGAGAUAAAGGAUCUCAGACCUAUCAGCAUGCGGUUGAAACAGAAAAAGAAGGCAUCAGCGAUUAUCAAAUUGGACUUCCAAAAAGCCUAUGACAGAGUUAAAUGGUGCUUCGUGGACACUGUAUUAGAAAAUAUGGGGUUUGGUAGAACAUGGAGGGCGUGGGUAAAGGAAUGUGUUACAUCGGCAUCUAUUUCCAUUCUGAUCAACGGUUCACCAUCAAAACCAUUCAAGAUGGAGAGGGGUCUAAGGCAAGGUGAUCCAUUAUCACUAUUUUUGUUUGUUUUGGUGGUGGAUGUGCUAAAUAGGAUGAUCGGAGAGGCGGUAAGGAAUGGUCGGAUAUCUCCACUAUUAGUCGAGAGGGAUAAUAUAGAGCUGUCACACUUACAAUUUGCUGACGACACUAUAUUAUUCUGCCCGCCGGAAGAAGGAACAGUGAGAAACUACAAGCGACUUCUGAGGUGCUUUGAAUUGAUAUCUGGUUUGAGCAUUAACUUUGAGAAGUCUAACUUGAUCCCAGUGAACUGCAGUCAGGAGUGGGUUAGCAGAAUGUGUCAGCUUUUAGGGUGUCAGGAGGCAAUCCUACCGGUAAAGUAUCUUGGCAUUAGCCUAGGAGCAAAUCCAUGGUUGGUAAAAACAUGGAAGCCGGUUUUAGAUAAGAUUGAGGAAAAAUUGAGCUUGUGGAAAGCAAAAGUCCUUAGUAAGGCUGGAAAGCUGGUGCUCAUUAAGUCCGUGAUCAACAGCCUACCUGUUUAUUACCUGAGUUUGUAUAAGAUGCCAAGUGCGGUAGCUAGAAGAAUUAUUACCUUGCAGAGGAGGUUCCUUUGGGGGAAGGAUGAUGGACAACCUAGAAUGGCUCUAGUGAAGUGGGAAUUGGUCCAAGCACCAAAGAAGCUAGGAGGGUUGGGGGUGGGUGAUGCCGUUGUCCGUAAUACUGCUUUACUAUUUAAAUGGUGGUGGAGAUUCUCAAAGGAGGACUGCCCUUUAUGGAAGAAGAUUGUGUGCUCCUGCAAUAGCCUGAACCCAAAUCACUUGUUGUCAACUCAGACGCUACCAAAGAGAGGGGGACCCUGGAGAGAUAUAUGUCAAGUACAAAUAAAAGAGCAACAUGUCAGGCAAAAGAUGAUUGAUGGACUUGCUUUGGAAGUAUUGCAGGAACAGACCUUGGAUGAGGAGCUUCACAACUAUAGGUUCACAAAAGAUAUUUGGAAAGGAAUAGUUCCACCUAGGGUUGAGUUGUUCACUUGGUGUGGUGUGCGUGGAUCUCAGCUUUUGGUCAGAGGUGGACUGCACCAGAGUGGUGUGGUUAAUAACUCAAUGUUGUUGAUGGCUAUGCCGGAGAUGACAUAUGAGUUAACUUCUUGUUUCUAG